UCUCUGCUUACAGGAAUCCCAUUUGGAUUUGACCAAGUUCAGAAAAGUUACCUCCUUACACCAUUGCUUUUCAAAGAAAAACUGUCUUGUUUGGCAUGAAUAUUACUUACUUAAGAAAUCAUGGUUAUUGGCAAUUGAAUCUAUCAUUUAUAGGCUCAUAACAAAAUAAAAGUUACGAAAUCCCCAUGAAUAGAAUAAAAUGUUAUUCCAUGCUAUUUUGCGAAAGAUUUCUCUUUCUUAUUCUUAAGUAAGUUUUCAAGAGGACUUAUUUGAUCAUGAUUUUUUUCUUUUUCUUUUUCUAUUUUCUUUGAAAAAGAUAUCAUCUGAUUCUUCUUCAGUUGAUCGUAUUGAUCAAUGUGUCAACAUACCCAAAUUUAGUUCACUAAUUAACAAAAAUGUACAAAAAUUCUAUUUGUCUAUACCAUUCAAAGAGUUGCUUUGUUUUUAUGUAUGGUACUCCGCACCCUACUUUGGUAGUAUAGCAUCUACUAGUCUAGCAUCUUCAAUCCUCGCUGAACGCAUCUCCAGCGGACGUAAAACCAAAAAGAACAAAAUCAGAUGCAUCAAAUAUUCAAAAGUUUAUCUUCUUUUUUCUUUUGCGCGAUUAAAAAACGCAUAAAGUAUACGUUCGGGUUCGCGUUUGGUCCGUUUUCGCGAAAAAGGUAAAAAGGGAAAACAUCUCCGACGAGCCCAUCUGAAACUCUGAACUGAACCCUCCUCCUUCCUCGCUUUAGCACGCCACCUCUACUUCCUCUCUCGCCGGUUCGCCGCCGUGGACCUCUCCCAAUUCCCCCUCGUGGACUGCUGGAAGCGCGGAUCCAUCCGCCCCUCGGAUCGACUGUUCCUCCUGUUCGUGAGGGGGACCUAGCUUGCUCGGAUCGAUUUCUUCGGCCCCGAUCUGCAGCCGUGAGCGGAGAUGAACUGCGAAACCUGUCAGCUGAAGGAGCUGGUGCUGGAACCAACAGAGAUCAGGGAUGUGCUGCGAUGCAUCUUGCAUACCAUAUUCUUCCAUAGAACCCUCAGCCUCGUUCGCCCCAAAGAUGUUGACUGUGAUUUCCUUGAGAUCACUUACGUCCAAUGCGGUCUCCCAGAACUUGAAAAGGAAGUAGAUGAAAAGGUAGACCAGUUCAUUGCUUGGGUGGAGAAGCACCCAAAUCGCAAGAGCCAGGUGUGCCUCUCCUUUUUCGACGAGAAAAGCAAAAACCCAGGUUGGUUUGUGAACAAAACUGAGCGCAUCUAUUGGGAGCAAUGGUUCAUCAAUUUGCAUCUUAUGAGUCCAAAAAGAUACAGCAAAUCAAACAGCUCCAAAGGGCUAACAAACAUUGGAGGGAAUGCCUUGGAGGAGACUAGCUCAAGGCGUGCUGCAUUGGAGUCAUCAAUUAACGAAGUGCUAUUCCAGAUCAUUAACUUCGCCAACGAGAAAAAGGACCACAUUCCUGCCAUCCCUGACAGAAUUUUCAAUCACGAGAUCAUGAUCCCAAGGUGACCCUUUUCCUUGGACGUGUUGACAGCUCCUCGGAUUCUGUAUUUGGAUGGAACACCGACGUCAUCCGCAGAGUGCUGAAUAGUGGGCACCCAUACUCACUUUAGCUGCAGAGUGCUGAAUAGUGGGCACCCAUACUCACUUAGCUGAAGACCGGUGCCACCAUCCUAUGUGGAAGGUGCUUGCUAACCAUCAUGGUCUACUAUGUGAUAUGCUUGUAAAGAAUUAGUGUACAUAAUCGUCCUUGUAAAUAUCUGUGCACGAAUCUUGUGUCCAUUCUGAACAAUGUUGCCUGUUCCCCAGACAGAUGCUUAAUCUACUGGGUAUCAAGUUCACUAUGGUCUGGAUUUAUUCAAACUGAAGUAGUGGCCUGA